AUGAAUGGAAGAGAACUACCUGCAGCGGCUCCUUUGCCUGCGCCAGAGCCAUACAGCAUCUUCGACAAACGCCAAACUGCCUUGAUCGUGACGAUCGUCUCUAUCGCAGCAACAUUCUCAGGUUUCGCAUCAAACAUUUAUUUCCCCGCUCUCCCUACCAUCGCUCACGAUCUCGACGUCUCGAUCGAAUUAAUCAAUCUCACUGUGACUUCAUACCUGAUCUUCCAGGGCCUAGCUCCCAGUCUCUGGGGCCCAAUAUCAGAUGUCAAGGGCCGUCGCGUUGCAUAUUCACUUACCUUCAUUGUCUUCCUUGGAGCAUGUAUCGGCCUGGUAGAAGCCAAGAAUUACGCCACUAUGGUUGUGCUGAGAUGUGUUCAGAGCACUGGUAGCGCUAGUACAAUCGCUAUAGGCUCAGGCGUUAUCGGCGAUAUCACGACUCGAGAUAAUCGCGCCGUUGGCCCGAUUAUCGGAGGUGCGCUGGCUGGAUCUCUUGGAUGGAGAUCCAUCUUUUGGUUCUUGACCAUCUACAGCGGAGUUUUCCUGAUCUUAUUGGUUCUUCUCUUGCCUGAGACGCUGAGGUCUAUCGUUGGCAAUGGAAGCCGAGAGCCUGUACAUGCCAUCGCAAAAUACCCUUUGCGCGUUUAUCAAAAAACGACCAAAGUCCAGUGGAACCACGGCGCAGUUUCUACAUCGCCCGAGGAAAUGAAGCACAUCGAUGUCACAGGACCCUUCCGCAUCCUCAUCAGCAAGCAAGCCGCUCCCAUCAUUGUGUUCCUCGCAGUCUAUUAUGCUGUCUGGCAGAUGAGCAUCACGGCUAUGUCUAGCCUUUUCGAACAUAAAUACGGUCUCUCAGUAACUCAGAUCGGGCUGACGUUUAUCGCGAACGGCGUGGGCUCCAUGGUGGGAACACUGAUUACCGGCAAGAUACUCAACAUCGACUACCGCCGUUUCAAAGCUCGGCAUGAUGCUCGCAUUGCGGGCAGUAACACACAAAAUGAUCCUGAACCUGCAAAUACGAAAAAGGCCCAGGAAAAUGACUUCCCACUCGAAACAGCACGUCUCCGUCUCGUCCCCCUGUUUUCCCUCCUUCAAUGCGCAUCCAUCUUGCUCUUCGGCUGGACAAUCCAAUAUUCCCACAAGGCUCACAUCGCCGUUCCAAUUGUAUCAACGUUCAUCAUGGGUUGGUCUGCUGUUUCCAUGCAGUCCGUCGUCAUGACCUAUCUCGUCGAUGUCUUUCACGAUCGCAGUGCCGCUGCCAGCGCGAGUCUCAACCUCGCAAGAUGCUUAUUCGCCGCGGGAGGCACAAGCUUUGUUAUGCCAAUGAUCAACUCUAUCGGAGUCGGACUCGCAUUUACGGCCUGUGUUGCGGUGCAGGGUGUUGCAGUCGUGAGCUUAGCUGUUCAGUGGAAGUUUGGCGCAAAAUGGAGACGCGAAGCUGAAGAUACUAGGUCAAAACCUUAG